GACACUUGAAACCCUACCUCUUUAAUGAAUACCUGGAAUGGUAUAACAUUCCCCCCCCUUAAAACGAUGUUUGAGUGAACCUGAAUCCAGAAAAUGAAUGGUGAAGUAGCUUAUGGACACGUCGGUAGACUCCUCCUCCUUUUCACUUCAUUGAAAGAAAGAAAAAUGAGGGAGUGGGAUGUCUCGCUUCCUCUUUCGUCUCUGGCUAAGCGCUUUAGCAGUAUCCCCCACACUGACACGCAUAUCCAAUCUCCGGCUGACGGCGAAACAGAGAACCAUUCGGUAGUUAUGGAUAACCGUCCGCGGGCAUCAUAACGUCUAUUUUGUAUGUGUCCUGACAACAGCUAUUCGGGAUGAUUCGACUCUGAGUGGUUCGACAAACAAGGAUACAUUUCCACAAACAAGGAUAUUUAUUUACCAACGUUGGUUUCCAUCAUCUCUGUAUUGAUGAAUGGGAAGCAGCAGUCAGUGGCCCCAUCAUUUUCUUACAAGCUCAUGCAUGGGAAAUAAUCAAAUGUAUUCUUUGGAGUCUGAUAUCCUCAUGUAGUGAUUUAUGCAUUGCAAAAGAUGUGGAGCUUGCAACAGUGACUUUACCUAGCAAAGAUUACAAGUUCAUUUGUAUUAAAGGCAUAAUACGUUACUUUGCUAAUAUCACUAGAGCCUGUCAUUUCCAUGCUAGGAGAGGUUUAGUCAUCAUGUACAGAUGGCCCAACAAAUCAUUUUUGAAUUGGGAACCAUUUAGUUGUUUUGCAGCCAGCCUAUGCGAGUGUAAGUGUUGGGUUUUAUCAUCCCAAAUCCCCACGGCAAGGCUAAGUCACUGACAGCCUGUGAGUUGAUAGGAUUAUGAUCAUACAGGAUUUGCUGAGGGAAGAAGGAACACCUGUCUUUCUUUAGCUAGCAAGCGUCCUGAAAUCCAGGCCACUGGGCUCAGCUUGGUUGUUUUGCUUCUUGGUAUACAUCUACUUAUCAAGAUCUGUCUGUGACUCUCCUCUCCUACACACUUGCAUACAGCUUUUUACUGAGUACUACUAACAAGUAAUUUUUUUUUUGCAGACCGGAAAGCGGGAUUACAUAGUUGUUUUGGCCAUGCCUCCUUAAACUGAGAUUAUUACCCUCCGUCUUCAGAAAAGGACCCUAGGACAUAAUUUAAACAUGAUGCAAACGUGACCAAGGAAACUCAUCUUGAUAUGCUUAGGCUUUGUCAAAGAGAGCAUCGAAGUGACAUUUGUCUCAUCCUGGAGUCCUGUGAGCAAAGUGAAAAAGGCUAUCUAAAGAGCUGGUGGUACCUGUAGCCAAGUCCCUCCUUCAUUCAGCCCUGUUUCUUCUCACCACUGAAGCCAUGUGCUUACUGUUAUGGCUAUGCCCUGGCGGCCAACCGAGCGAAAGGGGACUCUGCCUGUGCUAAAGAAUUAGACACAGCCCUGGGAGUUGGACUGGACCAAAGGAUUGCACACACACAGACACCAUGCUGCGGAGACAGUAGGCCCUUGCUGUUUAGUGCUUGUUUUUGUGUGUUUUUUUUUCUCCUCCGCAAUCUCAAAGGUUUGGAUGGUUGAGCCCAAGGGCCACUUUGAAGGAGCCUGGCGGUGGCUGUGGUUUGGCCGGAGCUGACAGACUGCUUGCCAGCUACUGCUGAUUGAGUACCCUGUGUCCCUCACCACACCUACACCCCUACAUCCACCUUCUCUGCCAACUGUUCCGCCCCUGACUGCUCUGGUGAAUGGAGGUCUAAGGGAGUGCAGGCAAGGGUGGAAGGGAACUGUUGCUGACAGUGGUCUAGCUGGUCACUUUCGGGCACUUGUUGAACUCCAAGGACUGCACUCCACUCUGUCCUCACUAAGGACCAUUCCCCUCUGUCUUGGAAGUAAAGACCUACAAGUUAAGGUCGUUUUUUUCCCCCUCCUAAAAAGUAUUUUCUACAGGCUAAAGGAUGAAGCUGAAGAAGCAGGUGACUGUGUGUGGAGGAGCCAUAUUCUGUGUGGCCGUGUUCUCCUUAUACCUGAUGUUGGACAGGGUCCAACACGACCCUGCAAGGCGACAGAACGGCGGCGGUAACUUCCCAAGGAGCCAGAUCUCUGUUCUGCAGAACCGCAUAGAACAGCUGGAGCAACUGCUGGAGGAGAACCACCAGAUCAUCAGCCACAUCAAGGACUCUGUUCUGGAGUUGACCGACACUGGCGCUGUGUCCCCCAGCGGACAGCUGCCCUUCCGCAGUGCCAACGGCUCCUGGGUCCUGCCCUUCGACGGACGCCCCACUUUCCUCUCUGUCAAGCCCCAGGACUGCCAGUUUGCCCAGGGCCCCCGCGGACAGACCGACCUGCAGAUGCUGGACGUAUACUCCCUGCUGAAGUUUGACAAUGUGGACGGGGGUGUGUGGAAGCAGGGCUUUGAGAUCACCUAUGAGCCUGGAGAGUGGGACAGUGAGCCUCUGCAGGUGUUUGUGGUCCCUCACUCCCACAACGACCCAGGCUGGAUAAAGACAUUUGAUAAGUACUACACAGACCAGACGCAGCACAUCUUCAACAACAUGCUGGUGAAGUUGACUGAGGACCCACGCAGGAAGUUCAUCUGGUCCGAGAUCUCCUUCUUCGCCAAGUGGUGGGAGAGCGCUGACAUGCACAAGCAGGAAGCCAUGCGCAAGCUAAUCCUGGGAGGGCAGCUGGAGAUGGUGACUGGAGGCUGGGUGAUGACUGAUGAGGCCAACGUUCACUACUUUGCCAUGAUCGACCAGCUCAUAGAGGGCCAUCAGUGGCUGGAGAAGAACUUGGGUGUGACCCCUCGGUCGGGCUGGGCUGUGGACCCCUUUGGCCACAGUGCCACCAUGCCCUACCUGUUGAAGAGGGCCAAUCUGACCAGCAUGCUCAUCCAGAGGGUCCACUACUCCAUAAAGAAGCACUUUGCCUCCAGCCGCAGCCUGGAGUUCAUGUGGAGGCAGGCCUGGGACCAAAAGUCGGGCACGGACAUUUUCUGCCACAUGAUGCCCUUCUACAGUUAUGACGUGCCACACACCUGCGGGCCCGACCCCAAGAUCUGCUGCCAGUUUGACUUUAAGAGGCUGCCAGGCGGCCGGGUCAACUGUCCUUGGAAGGUUCCUCCUCGGGCCGUGGUGGAGGCCAACGUUGCAGAGAGGGCCCACCUGCUCUUGGACCAGUACCGAAAGAAGUCCAAGCUGUUCCGCAGUAAGGUGGUUCUGGUUCCACUGGGAGAUGACUUUCGUUACGACAAGGCCCUGGAGUGGGACCAGCAGUACCUCAACUACCAGAGACUCUUUGACUACAUGAACUCUCACCCCGAAAUGCACGUGCAGGCCCAGUUUGGGACCCUGACUGACUACUUCACUGCGGUUUACAAGGCCAACAGUGUGCCGCAGGGUGCCAGACCCCCAGACUACCCGGUGCUGAGCGGGGACUUCUUUGCGUAUGCAGACCGCGAGGACCACUACUGGAGCGGCUACUACACCUCCCGGCCCUUCUACAAGAGCAUGGACCGCGUGCUAGAGUCCCAUCUCAGGGGGGCAGAGAUCCUGUUUAGUCUUGCCGUGGCCCACGCUCGCCGCGCAGGCAUGGAGGGCCGCUACCCCACCUCAGACUACACCCUGCUGACGGAAGCAAGGCGCACCGUCGCCCUGUUCCAGCAUCACGAUGCCAUCACAGGCACCGCCAAGGAGAACGUGGUCAUUGACUAUGGCAACAGGUUACUGCGCUCCCUGCAGGGCCUGAAGAGAGUGAUCAUUAACGCAGCCCACUUCCUAGUAAUGAAGAACAAGGACGUGUAUCGCUUCUACCAGACAGAACCCUUCCUAGAGACGGAUGACAGACGUGCCACCCAAGACUCCCUGCCCCAGCGCACCCUUAUCGAACUGGACCAGUCAGGACCAAGGUACCUGGUGCUGUUCAACCCGGUGGAGCAGGACAGGCUGUGUGUGGUGACAGUGUUGGUGAACUCUGCCAGGGUCCGGGUGCUCACAGAGGACGGACAGACCCUCCCUGUGCAGCUCAGUGCCCAGUGGAGCUCUUCUAGCCAAAUGAGCGCAGAGGUCUUCCAGGCCUCCUUCAUGGUGCGUCUGCCUGCCCUGGGCCUGGCUGUGUUCCACCUGUAUGACUCUGCCGACACCCCCAUGACGCUGCGCUCUGAGACCCUGCUGAGGCUGUCUGGUCGGGGGCAGACUGCCCACGCUGUGGAUCCCCUCCCUCUCCGCUCCCAGACGGCAGACACACAACCCUUCUACAUCUCCACCCAGUCCCUCACCUUGGGCUUCUCUGGAACCACCGGCCUGCUGGAGAGUAUCCGUCGUAAAGACGACCCUCAGGAGUUGAAGGUUCAGAUCCAGUUCGUGACAUAUGGUACUCGGUCCUCCAAGGAUAAGAGCGGGGCUUACCUCUUCCUGCCUGACGGAAAGGCUAAGCCCUACAGUCAGAAGGAGCCUCUGGUGGUGCGUGUGGUGGAGGGACCUCUUUUCUCUGAGGUAGUGGCUCUCUACCAGCACUUCCAACAGACCAUCCGCAUACACAAUGUGCCAGGUGUGGACGGUCUGUCCCUGGAUGUCACCACCAUGGUGGACAUCAGAGAGCAGUCUAACAAGGAACUGGCCAUGCGGCUGGUCACUGACAUCCAGAGUGACGACACCUUCUACACAGACCUCAACGGAUUCCAGAUGCAGCCCCGGCGCCGCUUCCUGAAGCUCCCCCUGCAGGCCAACUUCUACCCCAUGCCCAGCCAGGCCUACAUCCAGGACAGCCAGCACCGCCUCACCCUGCAUUCUGCCCAGGCCCUGGGUGUCACCAGCCUAGAGAGCGGCCAGUUGGAGGUGAUUCUGGACCGGCGGCUGAUGCAGGAUGAUAACCGCGGCCUGGGCCAGGGCCUGAAGGACAACAAGAAGACGGCCAACCGCUUCCGCCUCCUACUGGAGAGUAGGUCCACUGGCAACAAGCAUGCUGGCUUCUUUGCCAAACUCUCCUCCAUGUUUCACUUGCUCAUCCCCUUUGCCCUGAGAGGCAGCGCUCAAGAGGUGGUGGACAGCGGACCAACCAGCUUCCCCUCCCUGCUCAGUCACAUGACCUCUGCCAUUCUCAACCACGAGGUGCUGGCGCUGCCUGUGCUGCCCAAGAAGCGUGGCAUCCCUUCCCUGCACACCUUCGCCCCCCUCACAGGGGCCCUGCCCUGUGACUUCCACGUGAUCAACCUGCGCAGCAUCCAGCACCAGCAGGACACCCACUCCCCGUCUCCCUACACGGCCCUCAUCCUGCAUAGAAAGGGUCUGGACUGUGGUCUGGAGACCCCAAACCCCGGCAUCAACUGUACCACUACUGAGGGACAGCUGGGUGUGUCGUCUCUGUUCCGUAACCUGGACCUCCAGCUGCUACAGCCUGUGUCUCUGUCCCUGAUGUACUCCAGCCCCCCUCUGGCCAACGACUCCUCCGUCAGCUUGGAGCCCAUGGAGAUCUCAGCCUUCAGGCUCAAACUGCGCUAGCUGGGCCCAGAUACACACCUCCACACCAGACCAGACCCACCCAGACCAGUUCUGGUCACACCUGGUCCUGCUCUGUUCAGUUUUAUUCUAUAGGAAGACUGCCUCCCAGUGCACAGAGGGGUGGCCACGCUGGGGCUUCCUGGUCCCACCUGUGUAUACAACACACACACACUACACACACACACACACCCUGAACUGUAAAUUCAGCCUGUAAGAGCAGGUGGCCACCAUGACUAGACUCUAUCUGCAGGGGGCAGAAGAUGGUUGUCGCAGACACAGACAGACAAUCUCAGUGAACCAGAAACCUUUUGGGGAUUUUGUGAUAAUAAAGGUGAUGUCUUUAUCAGAGAACAGAUACUGGUGGUCUUCUGCCUUUGCAUUGCAGUAGUAAUGAAAAGUAACAGAAACAUAUUUUCUUUUCAGUUUUUGAUGGAACUUUAUUUGACUUUUUUUUUUAUCCCAUCCUGGACUAACUACUGAAUGUAAAUAUCACAAGGAUAAGGACCUGGGAAUAACGUGGAGACGAGUGCAUUUUCUAAAGCUUUAUUUGGUGUGGACAUUUUUAUUUUAUUUUUUUCCUUUAAUGGAGCCUAGAGAACUGUUAAUUCCAUUACGUGCUCAUCAAUGCUCAUUGUUUUCUAUUGACUGCAUUGACCAACUGAAUGCAGCUGUGUAUUAGCAGCGUGAAUGUGUGCUCUCUCUCUCUCAGUAGAGGAGCCGAGGCUAUGAAUCUGUAAGAUACUGUAUGUCAGGUAGUCAGUCACUCUGUAGUCACUACCAGACUGGUGACUAGAUCACUCUUAACGAAAUCAUAAAUAUCACGCAAAUGUUUUGCUUUCAGUCAUCAUCUCCCUAUCGGAUGACUGUACGGCCUGCUAUCCUUUCAAUCCCCCCCUCCCCUUGCUUGUAGAUGGUCUGAAGACAUUCACAUUUUUGGACAUGAGCCUCUCUCAAAGCUAUCAUGUCCCGAUGAGUUGGCUGGCUGUGGAGGACCUGUAAUGGAAUUUAAGGUAUGUUUGUAUUUAAAUGCUCCUAAAGCCAUUCUUGUUGUGUACUAUACUGUGUGCAGUAGAAGAUACAACUAUGAUGACGAUACCUCAUAUUUAACAUAUGACACAUUGGUAUGUAUAGUAUAUUGCUGUGGAAAACUUCUGUGAAGAUACAGUAUACCAGAGGAGUAGUGAGUGUGGAGUGAGACCCAGAUUGCAGUAUCAAGGACAAGGUGUCAUAUUAGUGAGUCUGUGUAGUAGUGAUGGUGGAGCAUCAGGCUACUUUCUUGUCUCCUUGUUUCAAAGCCAGGCAUGGAGUUCCCUUGUGUUUGCAGGCAAGAUUGUGGUUCAACCUUCACUACCUAAUUAUGUGGAAACAUGGUCAAACAAACAGGGGUCCUCCAGGGCUGACUUUGACAACCAGUUAACUUUUGCAUAAGUGGUCUUUUAUCAGCUUUCAUCAUAAAACAUCUCUAUAGCCUUGACCCUGGUGGGGGGAAAGGACUCUAUGAUCCAUAUAUCUAUAGCCUUGACCCUGGUGGGGUGAAAGGACUCUAUGAUCCAUAUCUGUCUUUGGUGGUGGUGUUGAAGGUAAAACAUCAGUAAUGGCAGAUGCACUAUGUUCAUAUCGGCCAUUUCUCACUAUAUGUUUCUCCUCUGCCUCUUCUACCAUCCUAGUAUCAGUGGAGGCUGGUGGCAGGAUCUAUAGGAGGACGGGCUAAUUUGGUAUGGCUGAAAUAGAAUGAAUGGAACUGAGUCAAACAUGUCAUUUCCAUAUGUUUGAUAUCGUUCAAUUUUUUCCAUUCCAACCAUUACAAUGAGCCUGUCCUCCUAUACCACCUCCCACCAGCCUCCACUGCCUAGUAUCCAAUGCUACAUUUCCUCUGUGCUUUUUAUAUUUAUCCACCCUGCUGUCCUCUUACACAGUUCAGGGUUCACUCAAACAUAGUUUUAAGCAUUAUUUUACUAUUGACAUUUACAGCUGAUUUCGGGAUUGUAUAUCGAUUUCCUCUCCUUAAAUAUGUCAUCUGAUUUAUUUGUUUCAGUCUCUGAAUUGUUUAAUCAAACUUUUCGCCGCCAGCUCCUGAUAUCAGGGCUAGGUCCGAGCUCGUUUUCCCUGGCCAAACUAGCUGGCUAGCUGAACAAUGCUAGUUUUCGUCCUCAUUGCCAAACUUCAUAAAUACUGCACCCUCAACUUCAAAACUUAUUUCGUAGUUAUACAAUCAUGUAACUAAGAAAUUUGCCAGAAAUAAACGUACAUGUAUUUAUUGUUUUGUUGGAUAGUCAUGACUGGUUCGAGAUAUGUCGUAAGAUGACGGUGGGGAAGGAUAGCAUUGCUACUUAACACAGAUCCAAGUUCAGUUUGGAGAUCCACCGGCGUCAUUGGCGUAGGGUUAGCUGGAUGUUUCUGACUGGUCUUGGAACUGUGAUAACUCGCAGACUCUCCUCGCUUGGCUCGAUGGGAUAUGUAGUGAUUCUGCUAACACAGCCAGAUAUGUGUACACAGUCUUGUACCCUUACCCUUUUUUUAACUGCCUAUUGUAUUUGUUGAUUAAAUCUGACUAUUAAUAUAAUGAGUAAUCCAGGAAUGUCACAAGUUAAUUGACACGCGAAAAUUUUGACAAUAGCAACACUACUGAGAGAAAUGAGUACGGUUACAUGCACACAAUAAGAUUGUGAAUAGUCAGAUUACUAUAAUGGUUUCAUUUAAACUUUUACAUGCUUUGCAAGAAGAAUGAUUUCCAUAAUAAUCCUGUUUUAAAUGAACACAUCUGAAAUCAGACUACCUGAUGGGACUUUGAUAAAGGCAGAAAAUCGCCAAUCAAAAUAAACGCUCUACCACAGCGA